AUGGAAAGGAUUGCGACGUUCUCUCUUCCAAGAGAUCUGAUUUCCGACGACGGACACCAUGCUGUGGAGGGCUACCAGAUCGGCUGGAUCUGCGCUCUGCCGGUCGAAGCUGACCUAGCAGAGCUUAUGCUGGACAAGAUUCACGACGCGAUACCCCUGCCAGCAGAUGACGACAACAUCUACACCUUUGGACAAAUUGAUGUGGAUGGUGAAGGGAGAUUUCAUAACGUAGUCAUUGCUCGACCGCCUGGGGUUGGUACGGGAAGAGCUGCUGCGGCCACGGUCGCCAAUGACAUGCGCCGCACAUUCACAAACCUCAAAUUCUGCCUCAUGGUCGGAAUCGCUAGUGGUAUCUGGAGCCCAGAAGUCGAUGUCCGACUUGGCGAUGUGGUCGUUGGCGCACCCGACGACAACGGACCUGGAGUUGUGCAAUAUGACCAUGGCAAAUACAUGCAAGGAAAAGAUUUUGUGCAUAGAGGGAUCCUGGACAAAGCUCCAAAAGUGUUACGCGCUGCUGUCAGUGUCGCAAAGCAAGUACGCCGGAGAAAAGCGUUUCUUUCUCAUCUUGAUGAUGAGGACGUGAAGGAGCUGGCACCACGUCCCACCGACGACAUUCUCUUCGAGGCUGCUUAUACUCAUCCCGAUGGAGCUCGCUCAUGCGCCGGUUGCGAAGUGCAAAGGAAACAGAAACGACCCGAAAGACGCGAUCUCGUACCACUAGUUCAUUACGCUACUAUUGCUUCAGGCAAUGGCGUUGUUAAGGAUGCCCUCUUUGCAGACGAUGUCCGUCGCAAGCAUGGCAUUCUAUGCUUUGAGAUGGAGGCCGCUGGUCUUUAUAACUUUCCUUGCCUUGUCAUUCGUGGUAUCUCGGAUUAUGCGAAUACGCAUAAGAGCGACGAUUGGUAUGCCUACGCCGCUUCCACCGCCGCAGCAUAUGCCAAAGAACUGCUUAAAGUGGUUCCAUUGACAGCAAUUUCACAACUUCCUUCCAUAGGUUAG